UUGACAUAUCCGGUAACCUCUUGGAAAUUUUAGAAAUUGUCCAUUUUAGAAAAUAACUAUUUUUCUAAAAUUUCUUUUAAUUUCUAUAAAAUAGAGAAAUUCAGAAUACUUUUUUAUUAUUGUUAUUAUUAUUAAUAGUAUGUUUACAAUGAGAAAUAAUUUAUUAAAAUUUGGAGUGAAAAAAAAGUUUUUUAAUGGCAAGGAAAUUUCAAAUACGCCAAAACCAAAUAAAACCGAUUCGGACAAAUUGGAAAGUGAAAAGGAUCAUCGCAAAAAUAAUUGUCGUUAUAAUGAAUUUAAUGAAUAUCUUCCAAGUCACAAAAGUAAUGUUUCUAUUGGAAUUAUUGGAAGUGGAUGGACCGCGGCGUAUACAACUUUACUUCUUAAGCAAAAUCUUUUUGUAAAUCGUAUUCAUUUUGUCGACACAAGAAAUACACUCGAGGGAGCUAUAUCUGAUGCUUCAUUUAUGGAUACAUCGCCGAAAAUUAAAUAUUAUAAAAAGAAGUUUAUGCGUAAUGCCCUGAAAGACAUGGACAUGAUCGCACUUUUGGAUGAAAAUGAUUUCAAAAUGGGAGACUCCUCGGUUUACGCUCAAUUUAGAUCGUCUGUUAAUUAUGUUCGUAAAACAGCGGAGAAAAUGGUCAAUUCUUGUCCAACAGCGAUGGCGAUAAUUUUUGCUAGGCCAGUGACAGCAACUCUACCAUUGGUUUCGGAAAUUUAUAAAUGUGCAGGAUGGUAUGAUCCAAAUAGAAUAAUUGGAUCCGUUGCUCUUGAGGCAAUGCGUGUUGAAUCUUUUACUUCAAGACUUCUUGAUUUGAAUCCUGCUUAUCUCACUGUACCACUCGCUGGUGGUGCUGAUGUCUUCUCCACUGUUCCUCUGUUGUCAGUGUCCAGACCCAUCAAUGAAUUUAAAAAGGCUCACGAGGAUCUUUUGAUGAGUAAAUUUCAAAAUUCAGAAAAAGAAUUAUCACAAACGGAAUUCGGUGGUCCAGUUCUGUCAUCAGCAACUGCAAUUGCAAAAUUUCUAACAACUAUUACAGCUGGAUUAAAUGGUAACAAUAAAGCAAUUGCCUCUGCAUAUGUUCGAUCAAAUGUAUUGCCAUUUUGCCGUUUUUUCACUUCGGAAUUGCAAUUUGGACCGAAUGGCGUGGAAACAAAUUUUGGAUUACCAAAAGUUUCGCAAAGAGAAAUUUUGCUUGUUGAAAAAUCAGUUAAUCUUAUUAAUGACUAUGUGGAUAUUGCAAUCAGUGAAGCACACAAACAAAAAGAGGCAAAAAUUGCAAAUUAACGUUAACAUUUUUUUUUAUAUUUUAGUUAAACAAAAAAAAAAAAAAUUAAGAAUAUUUUUAAAUAAAAUCCUAAUAUAAAUACCAUACAUACAUUUUAAUAAUCGCGUUUUAAAUGUGAACAAUAUGGUUUUAUUA